AUGAAUACCGGUAUACAGAAAUUCGCUGACCUGAACUUGAAUAGUGCGAACCAUGCCGCAACCGCAAACGAGACAGAUUCGCUGCGACAAAUCCUCGCCAUGUUCAAACUGUCGCCUGGCUGGCGCGACCUGUAUAACACUCAAGCCCGCCUCACGACCAAAGCAAGCACGCGUUUUGAUAUCCUCGCAAUAAGCAAGAUCGAUCUCAUUGAAAGAAGACUUGACCGUUUGGGUGAUCUUGUGGAAUCUUUAGCCGUACAAGCUUCGGCAUCGAGUCAGACACGCUCUGUAGAGCAUUCCAAUGGCCAACAGUCGAAUACUGGUAUUGCCCCAGACCAUGGCCGUGACUCUUCUGUUAGCAUGCAUCAGAAUUACACUUUAGCGGCAACUAGUGACGCGACGGACAAGGCUUCGGUGAUAAAAACGCAAUCCUCAUCGUCCUUAUCAGCGCAUUCGUCCUUUGCAGUCCGUUUCCUCCACGACGUUGUCGACUCCAAGCCUGAACGAGACGCUAGUGGGGAGGUUGCAUGCCUCUUGAGUACUAUUUCCCAGAUGGUUGACGCAUUCAACGCCCAGUCUCUAUCACCAAGCUCCCUCUUUCCGUAUGCACGGGAGAAACAAAGCUCAAAUGGCGCGGAGUGUGCUAUGCCUCCAAUCGAAGUUGCUGUGAAGAUCCUACAAAAGGCACAAGCAACCGACCACAUAGACCUCCAGAUACUCACCGAGUGCUUUGUGCUUUUUCUCGGGCCCCAAACCCUCUCAGAACUAUGCCUCAAAGUUUACUUCUCCCAGGGAUAUUCAGAUGCAGAAUUUAUUAUUCUUAAUGCAGUCCUAUACUUAUUCGGAGCAUGGCUGCGAGCAAUGCAGAAGCAACCGGUCACAAGCAUAGAUGACGAAGACGGACUCUUGGUGUCGACCUGCCGCGCAAAUUUAGAAACCGCUCUUUCGCGGCUGACUCUGUAUAUGCAACCGAGCCACGAGAUGGUUUUCGCUCUUGUUCUUGGCGUGAUAUACGCAAUUGAUAACGCAAAGGGGACCCUGGCCUCUAUUUUAGUGGUUGCUGCAUCCCAGGCUGCGCGAUCUCUCGGAUAUCAUACCAGGUCCGUCGGGGCGGAUGCGUUGACAGGUCAGCCAAACAACAAAGGUCUGCUCUUCUGGACUGUGUACUAUCUGGAGAAGACUCUUUCUCUGAGGAACGGUCAGUCCUCAACAAUAUCGGACAGAAGUGUUACAGUUCCAAUGCCGUCCGCCCAAGUAGAUACGUCGCCAAACUCAUAUCUGACGGCAUAUUCCGGGCAAAUGGUGAGCGUUGCCCGUUUGGCCGGGAGGAUCUAUGAAGAACUCUAUUGUCCUGGCUCUCUGGCUCUCCCCGUGGAUACACGAGCCCGACGUGCAACAGCACUAGCUCAGGAGUUGCGGGAGCUUUCUGCAGCUUUCAGGAGUACUAUGGAAUCGUGGCUUCAAUCUGCUCCAGUAGAUCAAGUGCAGACCAACAAGUCCACGGCCAUGUCUGAUGAAGUCCUUCGACUAUCCAUGCUAACUCUGAUAUAUCGCGCUACGCCGGCACCGGCUGGAUCUUUGUCGACCUUUAACGAGGAAUGCCUUUCGACGGCCAGAGCCGCCCUGGAACACCACCAGUCCUUUAUACUCGAAUUUGGUGCAUCGGAUACUGUACUCUUGUCAGGCCAUAUUACAUGGUCAAUCCUCUUUGUUCCAUUUGUUCCUUUUAUAGUUCUAUUCUGCCACGCCAUUGAGACCGGCGCUGUUGAAGACCUAAACCAAAUGCGAGCAUUCGUCACAUCCAUCGAGUCCGCGUGCCCCAAUUCUCCCGCCAUCGCCAAGCAUCACCGUCUGUUCCAGGUCUUUUAUACCGUUGCCCAGCGCUACCGUGAUCUCAUGGUGAUUCCAGAACCUGCAGGUCUGCAAGGAGAACAGCAACGACUGAGGAUGGAAGUGGACGCGCAGCUGAGUGCUUUCGGUCUUCAAACGCAGCUAGCAAGCGCUCCCUAUCCCGCUCAGAGUGGGAAUAGAGGACCUCCCCUGCCGGAUCUGGAUAUACGCUUACAGGAAUCUAGUUCGAGCUUACAGGGAGCCGAUGUACCGGAUGGGUUCAAUCUGGGAGACUGGUUCUCCUUCAGCCAGAAUAUUGUGGGCUUGUUGGAUCGCGAUGAGCUGCCUUUUUAG